GGGGAAGAGAAAGCCGAAAGGAGAAAAAAUAGGAAACGGGAAAUGUUGAUAUUGGUUGGCUGUGAAUCCAAGUAAAAAAGAGUAUAUGGGGGGUGGAAGUGGAAGUCUCGUGGACGGUGUUCGUCGCUGGUUUCAACGUCGCCAUUUGAUUCCUUCUUCUUCGAAUCAACAGAAUAAUAACAUUAUCAUCGAUCAUCAUGAUACUUCUUCUUCAUCCUCUACUACUCUAACCCUCACUCAAAAACAAUCACAAGAAUCAACAGCUGAUAUUGUCGUUCAGGAUUUUGAUUUUUCUUCCUUGAGGCUUGUUAAAGUUCCUAAGCGUCAUUACUUUCCUGUUUCUUCCAUGGAUUCUCACAAAAAGGGUGCACUUGAAAAGGAAUUUUUCACAGAGUAUGGAGAGGCAAGUCGAUAUCAAGUUCAGGAGGUCAUUGGAAAAGGAAGUUAUGGGGUUGUUGCUUCUGCAAUUGACACCCACACUGGUAAAAAGGUUGCAAUAAAAAAGAUUAAUGAGGUCUUUGAGCAUGUCUCUGAUGCGACACGAAUUUUGAGAGAAAUCAAGCUGCUACGGUUGCUUCGUCAUCCGGAUGUUGUACAAAUAAAACAUAUUAUGCUCCCUCCAUCGCGACGAGAAUUUAGAGAUAUUUAUGUAGUUUUUGAGUUGAUGGAAUCUGAUCUUCACCAAGUAAUUAGAGCCAAUGAUGACUUAACUCCUGAGCACCAUCAAUUUUUUUUAUAUCAGCUUCUUCGUGGUCUGAAGUAUAUACACGCAGCAAAUGUAUUCCAUCGAGAUUUAAAACCCAAGAACAUCCUUGCUAAUGCUGAUUGUAAGUUGAAGAUAUGCGAUUUUGGGCUUGCACGAGUAUCGUUUAAUGAUGCCCCAUCAGCAAUUUUUUGGACUGACUAUGUAGCAACUCGUUGGUAUCGAGCUCCUGAACUCUGUGGAUCUUUUUUCUCCAAAUACACUCCUGCAAUUGAUAUAUGGAGCAUAGGAUGCAUAUUUGCUGAGAUGCUUAUAGGAAAACCACUAUUUCCUGGAAAAAAUGUGGUGCACCAAUUGGAUCUCAUGACCGAUAUGCUUGGCACACCUUCUGCUGAAUCCAUAUCAAAGAUUCGGAAUGAAAAGGCAAGGAGGUACCUUAGUAGCAUGCGUAGAAAGCAACCAGUUCCUUUCUCACAUAAGUUCCCUAAUGUGGAUCCUCUUGCGAUUCGCUUGCUUGAGCGCCUUCUUGCAUUUGAUCCAAAAGAUCGCCCCACAGCUGAAGAAGCAUUAGCUGAUCCGUAUUUUUAUGGUUUGGCAAAUGUGGAUCGUGAACCAACCACCCAACCUAUUUCAAAACUAGAAUUUGAGUUUGAGAGAAGGAAACUAGCAAAAGAUGAUGUCAGAGAGCUGAUAUAUCGAGAGAUAUUAGAGUAUCAUCCGACGAUGCUGCAAGAGUAUCUUCGGGGUGGGGAGCAAACCAGCUUCUUGUAUCCGAGUGGUGUUGAUCGGUUCAAGCGACAAUUUGCACAUCUGGAGGAACAUUAUGGUAAAGGCGAAAGAAGUACUCCACUUCAAAGACAGCAUGCUUCUUUGCCUCGUGAACGAGUUCCUGCUCCCAAGGAAGAGAAAGUUGCUGAAAAUAAUGAUACGGUUUCAAAGUCUCGGUUCUCAGAUGGUUCAGAAAACACAGAGGCAGAAGGGGAAAAUGGCCUUAGCAAACCCAACUCUAGUGCUCGCAGCCUAUUGAAGAGUGCUAGCAUUAGCGCCUCUAAGUGUGUUGUUGUGAAAGAGAAAAAUGAAUCAAUGGAGCAAACUAUUGCUGAAGCUGACGAUGAGAUAGUCGACGUCUUGUCUCAGAAGGUUGCAGCUAUCAAUGCGUGAUUGAAACUUGGAAUUUGCUUUUCAAGUAUUUAGUUGCCUUGGUCGGUACGUUAGCCAUCCCCCCCCCCCUUGAUUGUUGGGAAGAGGGGGAUUCAUAGUGAUUUGUGCCAAAGUUUUUUCCUUUUUUCCCCGGUUUACAUGAACAGAAGCUUACGGUAGGACUAUAAUAGCGGGUAUGAUCGAGAAAGCUCCAGCUUUCAUACAUUUGAGAAAAACAAGAGUUGUUGUAUUUAUCCUAUAUAAUGAACUUUAGAAUGGCAUGCAUUGGUAGGGAGUAAGAACACUAUAAAAGAAAAACAGUAACAUUAUAUAUAUACUACUAUGUCAUGGUUUCUAUUCUAGGCCGAGAUUUUUAGACUCUCGUAUAAGACUCGGCAGUCAGGGAUGUGAUUUUUGUGAAGAAAUAGAGUCGAUUUCUUAUGUCUAGUUGUUUCUGCAUUAAUACAAUGGAUUAUCUCUUUAUUUUCCGAA